AGUUUUCAAGAGCGAUGUUAAAAUAUCGAUUAUUAUGAGCGGCCACGCGCGAAGCAACAGUUGUACGUUAUCAACAGGCGCGAACGCGCGGCGCCACUGUCCCGCGCUCCGCGAAUAUUUUCAAAUUAUUUUUUUUUAGUUAAUUUUUUUCGAACAGUGCAAUGAAUUUUCAAAGUAAAGCCAACAAAUAUGUGUGUCCUAAUGACCGGCAGCUGUCUUUGAGAGCCAAAUUACGCACAGGAUGGAGUGCGGCCCGCAGCGAGCCGCCGCUCACCGCGAGCGAGAGAGAGGCCAUCGCUGCCGUCGUCAAACGAGCGGAGAAAAUUGAUGAAGUCGAGGCCAAGAGAGUCGGCAGACUGGUGGCCAGGCUUGAAAGUAUGCGCCGCUCAGCCCAAGGCCCCGCUCCCCGGACCUGCCUGCUGUGCGGCGAGACUGCUCGACUCCUCGCUCCGUUGAGGACCUGCUCCAUCUGCAGACACACAGCAUGCUCCAAGUGUGUCAUUGAAAAUCUACCGCAUAGAUCUCCGAUAUACUCCAGAGAGGCGUACAUGUGCAACCUGUGUGCGGAGACGAGGGAGAUGUGGAAGAAGUCAGGAGCCUGGUUCUUCAAGUCGGUCCCCAAGUACAUACUGCCCGACAGGAGAACUACCGGACGGUAUCUGGACUCUGAGCUCGCGAGGUCUUUACAGGAAGCAGGGAACAGCAGCAACGAAGGGAAGACGGACUCGGAGCCAGGGUCUCCGAUGAGCGUGCACGCGCCUUCCUUCUCCAGGCAGGCCAGCAACACUGACAGCAGGAAGUCCAUCACAUCGCCACAUGACACCCACUACGAAUGGAGCGAAACAGACAUCCUAUCACACGGCUUCAGUGGACUCAGUCUGCAUCGACAGGACAGCCUAACACAAAGACCGCUAGCAUCCCUAAAAAGGACAGGCAGUAAAGGCAGUGCCUACAGCCUUCGAAGCAUGAGAAAAGAGAUGCCUAAACCGACCACCCAAAUUGAGAGACCCCCUACGAUACCUGACGCUGGAUUUGGGACCCUAGAAAUUAAAUUGGCGUAUGAGAAUGCGACCUCGUCAUUGGCUGUUACUGUGUUAAGAGCUAGGGGUCUGAUCGGGAUGGAUAUGACUGGAUUGUCUGAUCCGUUUUGCAGAUUGGAGGUUUUGCCUAGAGGAUCCUACUCCAACAGACUACGAACUAAAACAGUUCACAAAACGAAGAACCCGGAGUUCAACGAGACGCUGCAUUUCUUCGGCAUCACUGAGUCGGACCUCGCUGUCAAAUCGCUGGAGAUCGUGCUGUUUGAUGAUGACAGAUACGGCUGCGAUGAAAUGGGAUCUGCAACAGUAGCGCUGCGGGAAUGCGCGAAGUCUCCAGCUCAGUUGCGCCUGGCCUUGUCAGGAUCAUCAGGUGCAGAGCCUACUGGGCCCAGGAUACUGCUGGCUCUGUGCUAUAGCACGAAGAGGAGGGCGCUGGUGGUGACCAUCUGCCGUGGUGCUGAUCUUCCGCCGCAAGACAGCAAUGGCUAUUCCGAUCCAUUUGUUAAAUUGCAUUUGGAUCCCGACCCUUAUCACAAGAAGCACAAAACAUCGAUUAAAUGGCGAAACUUAAAUCCAGUUUGGAAUGAAGAAUUUCUUUUCGAAACUCGUCCCACGGAACUUUCCCGCCAAAAUUUGACAUUGACAGUUUGGGACAAAGACUAUGGUAAGCCCAAUGACUUUUUGGGCAGUCUUGUUUUAGGAGCGAGUUCUAAAGGAAGGAGGUUGAAACACUGGAUGGAUUGUAUAAAGUUUCCUGAUCACCGUCACGAAUCCUGGCACUCCUUGACAGAUACCCAACAUCUAUAAGCUAUUAAAUAUUAUUAUGUAAAAAACUGUGUCAAAAGUACGUAGCAAACUCUACCUAUACAUAGCUAUGGCCGUUAUUUUACUAUAGGUAUGUAGUUUCCAAUGAAAAAUGGCCAGCCAAUAUCAUUCUAAUACCGCAUCGUUGUUCAAUCAUCAUCGACAAUAGCUAAAUGUGAUUAUAAUAUUUUUCUGAAUAUAAAUAAACGUCAAAUAUUUUUAAAUUCGUAUGAAAUGAAAGCACCAAAACAAGAAAGAAUGAAAUAUUUUCUUAAAUGGUUUUUGUAAUUAAAUACAAGAAGAGUUGAGAGCUUCGAAGCAAAAGGGUGCUUGAUGAACAUUGUAUUGUAAAUAAAAUUAUUUAAAAAACAUAAAUAUUUACGUAAAAAUACAUACUUAUUAGAAAUCUGUUCAUAGAAUAAAUCUCAGUUUCAAAAUGUCUAAAUGUGCGAACGAACUUUUAGGUACUUUCGAAAGUGUUGCUACAUAAAAUAUUUAGAUAAAAAAAUGUUAAAUCUACUUAAUAUUUAGAAAACUUUUUGGGUACUAUACAUUUCUAUACAGGUAAACUACAAAAUAUAUAAAUUAUUGCAUGUUGCGUAGAUAGAAACUGUUAAUCAAUGAAUGUAUAGAUUAAAAAUAUUGAUGAUGUAUUUACCUACUUAGUUAAGUUUGAAUAAAAUCGAAUAUCCAUAUUUAAAGUUAGUGUUAAAAUUAAAAGUUGUUGAAAGUAAUUUCUGUGUAUUUUUGUACUUUGCUGUUCCGGUUUGCAUGUGCCAAAUGUAUCUUUGAAAUUUAGAUUAAGCUGACGACUGCCUUUAUAUCAUAAUAUUCAUGUACCUACCUAAAUAUACUGUGAAAUAAAGACUUUCGAAAAUAAA